AUGAAUGGAAAUUUAACAUUGCAUAUUUUAAUUGAUGGAACGGAUAAUAAUUGUGAACGUUCGUUAGCAUUAGGUCGUACACAAAUCGCAUCGAUAGCAUGGAUUAUACAACGCAUCAAUUAUUUAAAUUAUUUAAAUGGUUUAGUAUUUGGUUUAAGGAUAUAUGAUACAUGUUCGGAAACGGAAAAACGUUUAAAUACAAUACUUGAAAUGUAUUUAAAUAAUAGUAAAACUUGUUUGGAUAAUCAAUUUCGUAUUCCUAUAGUUACUACAAAUCAGAUUGCUUUCGAAACUCAACAAUUACAAAAUAUUUUGGAUAUUCCAACGAUACAAAUUAACGAAUAUUAUAAUCAUGAGUUAUUUGGAAUUCAACAUGUUGAUAUUAAAAAGUCAAAUAUAUUAGUAGUAUUUGGUAAUAAAGAGGAAAUUACAAGUUUAUUGACAAAUCCACCAGAUAAUUAUUUGAAAAUUCAAUGGAUACUAGUGCCUUUAGAUGAAGAAGCUGAAUAUGAAGUACUUCCGCCCAACAACUCUUAUAUAAUACGUCCAAUAUACGCUGAUUAUUAUCAAACAAUGAUUGAAUAUUUAAAAUUAACAACAUCAACAAUCUUAUUAAAUGUUGCAAAACCAAUCUUACAAAUUUUAUUUGAUAUACGCCAAAUAAUUGACACAAAAUAUAACAGCAAUUCGACCAGAAAACUUUGUAAUUUAUCACAAUUGAAAUGUUUAGUAUAUUGUAAAAAUUUUAAUAAAUAUCGUACAAAUUUUACAAUUCCACAAAAAAGUACUAUCGGAAUUAAAUGGCGUACAGAGAAAGCAUGGAUUGCUGCUAUAAUUUCAAUAUCAAGUAUUGGAUUUUGUACAACAUGUGCUGUAUUGUUAUUUAUUUUAUUUCGAUUGGUCAAAGGUGAUAUUUUAGAAGGAAAUCCAACAAGUUCUAUUUUACUAUUACUUAUUAUUUUAUGUAUGUAUGCAAUGGUUAUACCAUUUUCAAUUACCUUGGUAAAUAAACCACCGACAAAUGAGGAAGAUACCGAAUUUAAUUAUAUAUUACAGGAUGAGGAUAAUAAUUUUUAUAAUAUCGUUGAACCUACAGUUAAUAACGUAACAAUUAACGAUGAUGAAAAAUAUAAUUUAACAUUUAUAGAUAUUGAUGAAAAUAAUACUGAAUUUAUUUCAACUACAGAAGAAAGUUAUUUCUAUGAAAAUGUUACAGAAUUCAUCAAUGAUUCUUCGAGUACAACAACAGAAAGUUACCUUGAAGAUGAUGAGGAUAAAAUUGAAUAUACGAACUAUUCAAGUCUUAUCCAUUCUUUACCAUAUCAUGCGCUACCAUUCCAUUCCUUCCCAUAUCAAGCGUUACGUAAUGAAAAUAUAAUAGAACUUCAAGAUGAAAAAAUGAUUAUUGAAUAUGAAAAUUUAAUCUGUACAUACACAAUAUUUGGUAUAUCAUUUUUAUAUGCCUUUGCAUUUUCCAUACUAUUAUCACGAUUUAUCGUGGUAGCAACAAUCGGAAAUGAUGGUGGAUUUAUGUCACAUGUUAAUGGAUACAUUCAAUCGACUUUAUGUUUUUUUAUGACUCUCGUACAAGUUGGUUUUAACAGUGAUCUGUGGUUCAUUUAUAACGAAUGCGAUACUAUUUUUAAUAAUAAUUUUAUAUUAAUUAUAAUUAGUUAUGAUAUAUUUUUAUUAAUAUUAUUAAUAAUAUUAUCACCAUUUGUAAUACGAUCACAGCGGAAUUAUAAAGAAGGUAUUAUGGGUUCAGUGGCUGUUUAUAUUAUUGGUGGAAUAUGGUUGAUAUGGGUGCUGUUAUAUUAUUAUUUAAAUGAUCGGGAGUAUAGAAAUAUUUUAUUGAUCUGUGGAAUGAUUGCAACGGCAAGUGUAUUGUUGGUAUGCGUUUUUAUACCACGUACAUACUUAAUGAUGACUGGUAUUGCACGUGAUCGUAUAACGAAUGCGUUACCAACCUUAGCACAUACACAAAGUACCAGUAUUUUGGAUAUUAAUUUUAGGACGAACUCACAGGCCACUUAUGGUUGCGUAAAUCCAAUGCCAAUCAGUAGUAUUUUACAUAAUAGCGGCGAAGUAAUACCUCAAACUGCCACAUUACCAAUAAGACAACGUGUAAAUUAUUAUUCAGAAGAACCAGACGAUGUUGAUGGGGGUAUGACUGAAGAACAUCAUAAUGCUACAAAUGAAGAGAAUACUUACGAACGAUAUGAUACACCACCCAGUCCAACAAAAAUUACACGAUUUUAA